GAAUUCUUGAUAGUUAACAUUGUAGAGGAUUUACGUUGUGAUUACAACUUAUCAUAUUGUUUAAUAUCCUUUGUCAACGUUAAUCGUUCUUUAAAUAAUCUUUCAUUUGCAACUUUAAUGGAUGAAGAUUUAUCUUUUUCGCCACCUCUACCUGUUUAUUCUUCUUCAUCGCAUAAUUGCAUGCCUGAUUCAUCAUCAUUACACUCAUUAUCUCCCAAAAAUUUUCAUUUCCGGUUAGAAAUUUCUGCGAAUAAUGAAAAUGAUAGGGUUAUUGAAGUUAUUGAUAGAGGAUCAAAUCCUUCAUUUUUCUUAAAUCUUCCUUUUCCAACAUAUCAAGAAGCUUUGAAAGAUUUAGAUUGCACUAGUGUAUCAUUUGUUGAAAGAAAGCAGGGUAAUGAUGGUGUUAAUACUGGUAUAGGAAGAAGAGGCAAUUAUAUUAGAGGAUGGUUAUAA